AUGGCUAGAAAACAAGAAUGGAAGAGUGAAAAGCUUCAUGAUGAAAGGAAUAAUGGGUUGACAGAGAAGAAUGAAAAUUUAUUUCAAUUUGCUAAGGAAAAAGGUGGUGCAAAUGCGUUGUUCUCAUGCCCUUGUGGUCUCUAUAAGAACAGUAAAGGAUUGGUGACGCUUACUGAGACUUCACUUCAUUUGCCGAAGUAUGGUAUUUAUCAGUCGUAUACAACAAGGAACUUCCAUUGGGAAACCUUAGAAGUAGAAACGCAUGCACAUAGGGAUAACUCCAGUGAUGAAAAUGUAGGUGACAAUGUAGAUGAGAAUGUAUCAAACAUAGGGGAUAAUGUAGGAGUUGUUGCUGAGGAUGUUGAUCCUGUUGUAGGUGUAGAUGAGAAUGUUGAGCUAGAUAGUAGGACUCAUGUUGAUACUGGAACCAGCAGAAGCAAGAAAAAGAAACUUUUAUAUGAGCGUGCUAGAGCACCGUUAUACCCUUCAUGUCUUAAAGGUAAGACAACAUUGUAUGCUGCCGUAAAGCUGAAUAACAUUAAGACUCAGUAUGGGUUUUCGGACAAUGGUUGUACUGCACUCUUGAAAUUGAUAAAGGAGUUGCUUCCUGAAGAAAACACACUGCCUUCUAAGUAUGCAAAUAUAAAAAACCUGAUCCAAGAGCUAGGAAUGGACUAUGUUACUUACGAUGCAUGUGUAAAUGAUUGCAUAUUAUAUUGGAAGGAUCAUGCAUUAUUAGUGAAGUGUCAUGUUUGUCAAGAACCUAGGUAUAAGAAGGUGUUUAAUGAUGAGAGGAAACUGACCACCGUUGCUCAGAAGAUGUUAAGGCAUUUUUCUGUGAUUAAAAUGAUGCAAAUAUUUUAUAGCGAACCAUGGAUAUCAGAGGCAUUGACUUGGCAUCCUAGAGACAAGUCAGAUAUAAACAUUAUGCGUCAUCAUGUCGAUUCUUAA